CUCCAUACAAACCGAUCCUUUCAAAAAUCACUUUUUCCCUCUCACUCCUGCUCUCUCACAGUUCUUCGCAAACAACAAUGGCGACUUCCACUGAUUUCCCUUCUCUAAAUCACUCUAGCCUCUGGAUCCAGAUGGUUCGAACCCAAAUUAUCUUUUAUUAGAACACUUCCCUCAUCGUUCCUCUCUUUUUCCCUUCCAGAAAUGCCGUUCGGUGCCGACCAUGGACAGGGAGGCUAACCUUCCGGCCCAGUUCGCACUUGACAAGAAACUCACCCGUCAGAGCAACCCCGAAACUACAUCCUCUUCUUCCUCCUCCUCAUCGCCGGGCUUCCUUCGACAUGUUCAGGCCGCCUUCAAGCGCCAUCGACCACUCGGUGUGACGCAAUCGAAUAGUAUAAGACCCAGGCGCUUGCUAGUUCCUCAAAGAGGGGUGUCAAGGAACCCUCGUUCAGAAAGUGUUGAGGAGCCUGAAACGGAACUUUCAUUGAGUCAAGAUCAUGUAGUGAAGGAUUUGAUUGAACAGACGAAGAGCACAAUGACUAUUAUUGGAGAAUCUCAAGAUGAAUCAAUAACACGACCUUCCAUUUCAGGCCUGAUGACGAAAAGUUUUGAUGGAAGUUCCGCACCAGAUAUCCACAGAGAUGAACUUGUACGUGGUGCUGGUUGUCAAUCAAGGAGCACAUCAUCCGCUUUAAAUACCGGAUCCCAGCAAGUUAAUGGUCAGAAAAUGGUUCGGUUUUCUGUUAAAACCAACAAGAUAUCUCAGGAGAUGGAAUGGACAGCCGGCAACCAAGGAGAAGCAUCUAGUGUAAUCAAUCAUGAUGAAUCUAAACACGGAAGUUUUCCGAAUCCAAACACAGAGUCUGAUAUGAAAAGCAAUGGUGGGAUUUCAAUGAUGGCACAAAGAACACCCGCUGUGGAAGAUCAACUCAAGCGAUUUGAAGAUUUUUUGAAUCAACCAAUUAGUCAACCUUCAUUUGGUCCACCUUGUCCUACCACCACGUCUGUUCACUCAAGUUCAGUGGCUAUGCUUAAUUCAACAACUUAUUGCUCUCAUUUGCAUCAUGAAAGUGGUGGUAAAAUUUCUACUGAACCUUUGAGCGAGUUUAAUGUGAAUAUUCAACAUGAAGCUAAAAGAAGCGUGUUGCCAACAUCUGGGAUUUCUCCAAGGGACACUAGUGGUGAGGUCAAGAAUGGGAAAGGCAAUGAUGCCAUACAUGCUCCGGGCCUUACUGCUAAUACUGAAAAAGUUAUAAGUCAUUAUGACAUCUCUAAGGAGCACGGGGAACAGUUAGGAGGAGAAAGUGAUAUUUCCAAACACUCUUUCCAGCACAUUGAUAAGUCAUAUGAAGGAACAUGUGCAAUCGGGAAUGGCAUUGAUACAAAAUCGAAGGCACAAGUACCCAAAAAGUCAGUUUCUGAUGUGAAUUUGAAUCCCUCUGGUUCAGAUAAACUAGACAAAGUGGCAAGUGGGAAGAGUGCUUCAACAAAUCGUAAAAGGAAUUAUGAUCCAGACAUGUUUUUUAAGGUUAAUGGAAAACUGUAUCAAAGACUUGGCAAGAUAGGCAGUGGAGGAAGCAGUGAGGUUCACAAAGUUAUCUCAUCAGAUUGCACGAUAUAUGCACUUAAAAAAAUUAAACUUAAAGGUCGUGACUAUGCCACUGCUUAUGGGUUCUGUCAGGAGAUUGUGUAUUUAAAUAAGUUGAAAGGGAAGAACAACAUUAUACAACUUGUAGAUUAUGAGGUAACAGAUAGGACUUUACUUCAGGAAGUGCUGAAUGGCUCCACGAAUAAUAAAGAUGCUAGGGUUAAGGAUGACGGAUAUAUAUACAUGGUGCUAGAAUAUGGUGAAAUUGAUUUGGCUCACAUGCUCUCACAGAAAUGGAAGGAAAUUGAUGGCACCAAUCAGAUAAUAGAUGAAAAUUGGCUUCGAUUCUAUUGGCAGCAAAUUCUUCAAGCUGUAAACACCAUACACGAAGAACGCAUUGUUCACUCUGAUUUGAAGCCAGCAAAUUUUCUUCUUGUCAAAGGCUCCUUAAAACUAAUUGACUUUGGAAUUGCAAAAGCCAUAAUGAGUGAUACAACCAACAUCCAAAGAGAUUCACAGGUGGGCACGCUGAGUUACAUGUCACCCGAGGCAUUUAUGUGCAAUGAGAAAGAUGCAAAUGGAAACACCAUCAAGUGUGGUCGACCAUCUGAUAUUUGGUCCCUUGGCUGCAUUCUUUAUCAAAUGGUUUAUGGAAGGACCCCCUUCUCUGAGUAUAAGACAUUCUGGGCCAAGUUCAAAGUCAUUACAGAUCCAAAUCAUGAGAUUAAAUAUGAACCCGUUAGCAACCAUUGGCUUCUCGAUCUUAUGAAGAAGUGCCUCGCAUGGGACCGCAAUGAGAGGUGGAGAAUUCCUGAGUUACUUCAACAUCCUUUUCUUGUACCGCCAGUGUUCCCACACCUAUCCGUAUCUCAAGAGCAGAGUUCCAAACUUCUGCAACUUAUUGCUGAAUCUUGUGAAAACGACCACGAAGCUUCGUCACAUCUGCUUCCCAAGCUUCGACAACUGCUCCUCAACUCUGUCCAGCCGAUGACAUCUCUGUUAAUAACUUCUAAAGAUUAUCAAAGUGAGCUGUUUUCCCAAACGUCAAAGGACUAUUUUCUGCUCCACAAAAGUCUGGCUACGCAGAAAGAUGAAAAGUGAAAAGUCCUAAUUUUGUUUCUCAUUCAUUGAAUGAUUGAUUUCAAGCUUUCUUCGGCAUGAAAAUUCUGGAUUUGACUUUUCCGUAGCUGAUGAAUGAUGAUUGAUAGAAUAUGAGGCUACUCCUUGGUAGAUGCUGGGUUUUGCCUCUCCAAGUCGGGCGCGUUAGAGCAUCAAAUUUUCCUAUUCGAAGCUGGAUGAUCAAUUUCAACACCUGUAAUGUUUGCCAAAAGUGUACAAUAUAUAUGCAAUAACUGUGGUCUGGGCUUUGAGAUUGUAAAUUUGUUUGUAGUUUUGUUCGAGCGCUUGCUAUGUAUGUUUCUUCCCAGAUUGAUUCAACACAUAAAGAAACCAUGCAUUAGGCAAAUCCCAACUGUUAGUGCAACAGAAUUCCAUAUAUUUGUAUAAUUUUUACGUAGGAGACUUGACUCAUCUGUGUUCAAAAUUGAGGGUGCUUCCUUUCAA